GGCGAUACUGUUAAGCGAACACUUUGGUUACACUAAUCAACUCCAAAGGUACAACGUCGCGGAUCCGUUAUCAAGGGGGGAAACAAAUGCUUGCGUCGUGCGUGUGUGUGCAAAUGGAGAAAAUGCAGAGAUAUAGAUAGAGCAGCGCACAGGCCGUGGAUGUUCGAAUAUGUUAGCCUGAUCCGCCUGCGGACCCGGACCACCGAUUGAGACGUGUUGACAAGAGUUGUGGCAGUCGGAGCGCAGCAGCCAUAGUGCCGCAAGAGGAGCCAGCCAGUCCGAGACAAAGUGCAUUUUCAGGGCGUGUUUGUGGCCCCCCGCACCCGCACCCACAGCCCCGCUGGCUGCCUCCCCUCCCGCAAACACGCAGCCUCCCCCGUCGGUGGGUGAUAAAAAAAUUACAAAAAAAAAAUCAAGCUUUCCCAGCCAAGAUGCUGCAAAUUCGCAAAUACACCUGAAAGCAAGCGCAAUCGACGAGAAAAUUUGCAAAACUUCCUUUUCUGCGUGCGCGCGCGUGUGUGUGUGUGUGUGUGCGGUGUGGUGUUGGUGUCUCCAAUCUCCAAUUUCCAAUCUCUUUUUGUCUACUCCAAAACGCGCAGAAAGAGAGCAAAAGAAAAUGUGUGCGUGUGUGUGCAACAAAGUCUGUGUGAAACAAAACGUAAUGAAAUAAAUUAAAAGUAAAGGCAAAAAGGCAAAUAAUUGAUUGCAAAAAAAAAAAAAUUUUAAAUAAAAAAAAAAAUUAAAAGGAGCACUAGUAACUCGUACUAGUAAUUGCAGAGGAGCAAGGAAGCGAGAGAGAGAGAGAGAAAAGUGUACAAGUUGUUGUUGCUGCGCACGAGCGAUAGCAACGGUAAAAACCACCCGUCGACCACCCACUAGAUAUGGGUGCUCAGCAGGGCAAGGAGCGGGGCUCGCACUCUGGCGGCGGUGGAGGAGGUGGCGGCGGGGGCGGGGGUGUCCCUGUCAGCUGUAUCGGCCUCUCGUCGAGCAGCAGCCCCGUUGCCUCCCACUCGCCCCACUGCAUCAGCUCCGGCAGCUCCAGCAACGCCCCCCUCGGCGGUGGAUCCACUUUGCGCGGCUCCCGCAUCAAGUCUUCGUCCUCGGGCGUUAGCAGCGGCGCCGGUACACCCAGUGGCCUGUCCCAGCGAAGUGGCGGCGGUGGCGGUGGCGGUGGCAGCGGCAAGGACUCCUCGAGAUGUAAUCCGUCCGUGGGACUGAACAUCUUCACUGAGCAUAACGGUACCAGGAACAGCUCUUUUCGCAGCCACCCAGGCAAAUAUCACUUAGAAGCCCUGCUGCAAUCGCGUCCAUUACCUCACAUUCCGGGCGGAAGCACGGCAGCCUCUCUUCUGGCGGACGCCGCCGAACUCCAGCAGGACUCGGGGGGAGUGGGUCUCCCCCUGGGCGGCUCCACCUUGGGGGCUGGCCACAACUCGACCACAUCUGUGUUUGAGUCGACCCAUCGAUGGACCUCCAAGGAGAACCUGCUGGCCCCCGGACCCGAGGAGGAUGACCCCCAACUGUUCGUGGCCCUGUACGACUUCCAGGCCGGUGGCGAGAACCAGCUCAGCCUGAAGAAGGGGGAGCAGGUGCGGAUCCUCAGCUACAACAAGUCCGGCGAAUGGUGUGAGGCGCACUCCGACUCCGGAAAUGUGGGCUGGGUGCCAUCCAACUAUGUGACACCUCUGAACUCCCUGGAGAAGCACUCCUGGUACCAUGGACCGAUUUCCCGCAAUGCCGCCGAGUAUCUGCUGAGUUCGGGGAUCAAUGGGAGUUUCCUGGUGCGGGAGAGUGAGAGCUCGCCGGGUCAGAGGAGCAUCAGUCUAAGAUACGAAGGCCGGGUCUAUCACUACCGCAUCUCGGAGGAUCCCGACGGCAAGGUCUUCGUCACCCAGGAGGCCAAGUUCAACACCCUGGCCGAGCUGGUGCAUCACCACAGCGUUCCCCACGAGGGUCAUGGCCUGAUCACUCCCCUCCUGUAUCCUGCUCCCAAGCAGAACAAGCCCACCGUCUUCCCGCUGAGUCCGGAGCCGGAUGAGUGGGAGAUCUGCCGCACGGACAUCAUGAUGAAGCACAAGCUGGGCGGUGGGCAGUACGGCGAGGUAUACGAGGCGGUGUGGAAGCGCUAUGGCAACACAGUGGCUGUCAAGACGCUCAAGGAGGACACCAUGGCCCUGAAGGACUUCCUCGAAGAGGCGGCCAUCAUGAAGGAGAUGAAGCAUCCGAAUCUGGUCCAGCUCAUAGGAGUCUGUACCCGAGAGCCACCGUUCUAUAUCAUCACCGAGUUCAUGUCGCACGGCAAUCUGCUCGACUUUCUGCGCUCCGCCGGCCGCGAGACCCUCGACGCCGUGGCCCUCCUCUACAUGGCCACCCAGAUUGCCUCCGGAAUGAGCUAUCUGGAGACUCGCAACUACAUCCAUCGCGACUUGGCCGCCCGCAACUGCCUCGUUGGCGACAAUAAGCUCGUAAAGGUGGCCGACUUCGGGCUGGCGCGUCUGAUGCGGGAUGAUACGUAUACGGCCCAUGCGGGAGCCAAGUUCCCCAUCAAGUGGACCGCCCCCGAGGGACUGGCGUACAAUAAGUUUAGCACCAAGUCGGAUGUAUGGGCAUUUGGGGUAUUGCUGUGGGAGAUUGCCACUUAUGGAAUGUCACCGUAUCCUGGCAUCGAUCUAACUGAUGUCUAUCAUAAGCUGGAGAAGGGAUAUAGGAUGGAACGGCCGCCGGGAUGCCCGCCAGAGGUGUACGAUCUGAUGCGACAAUGCUGGCAGUGGGACGCCGCCGACAGGCCCACGUUCAAGAGUAUACACCAUGCGCUGGAGCAUAUGUUUCAGGAAUCGUCCAUCACCGAAGCGGUCGAGAAGCAACUGAACGCCAAUGCCACCAGCAGCUCCUCAUCGGGCUUGGGAACUGGCUCUGGUGGUGCCACAACCUCUACGACAGCCCCCAGCGGUGCUUCAGCCUCAUCCUCAGCCCUCAGUCUCACCCCGCAGAUGGUAAAGAAAGGCCUGCCCGGUCCUGCCCAGAACCAACUGACACCCAACGCCCAUCACAGCGAUCUGCACCAGCAGCAGGCCAGCACUCCCAUGUCAGAAACCGGCUCCAGUUCCACCAAGCUGAGCACCUUCUCCAGCCAGGGCAAGGGCAAUGUCCAGAUGCGGCGGACCACCAACAAGCAGGGCAAACAGGCACCAGCGCCUCCCAAGCGCACCAGUCUACUCUCAAGCAGUCGGGAUUCGACCUACCGGGAGGAGGAUCCGGGCACCCAAAGAUGCAACUUCAUCGAUGAUCUCAGCACGAACGGUAUAUCCAAAUUGAAAAAUGUCAACUAUUUCAGCCAGACCCUUAAUAGAAAUUUCAAGACCCAAAUACCAACCCAUCAAACACAACAACAAAUACGAACACAACAACAACAACAACAACAGUCUGUUGUACAAAUUCCAGUACAACAACAACAACAGCAACAACAACAGAAACAACAACAGUAUUCCAUUAAGAAAUCGUCCUCCUGCAGUAGUUUUCUUUACGACAUUUUAUUUCGAGGUCUGGCCCGAGACAUCAAUAGCUUGACCCAGCGCUAUGACUCUGAAACGGAUCCGGCAGCUGAUCCCGAUACGGACGCCACUGGGGAUAGCCUGGAGCAGGGUCUGCCUGCUGUGCCCAUUCAAGCGCCCAACAAGAUGCAGCACUCCCUGCACGGAGGUGGCAUCGGUCCCCGGUCCUCGCAGCAGCACAGCUCCUUUAAGCGGCCCACUCCCACGCCCGUGAUGGGCAACCGCGGCCUGGAGACCCGCCAGAGCAAGCGCUCCCAGCAGCAUCCACCCCAGCUGCCACCGACUCAGCCCCAUCCCGGCAACGGGAUGGCCACCAAUGCUCAUCCCAUCACUGUCGGGGCGCUGGAGGUGAUGAAUGUCAAGCAGGUGGUGAACCGGUACGGCACCCUGCCCAAGGUGGCCAGGAUUGGAGCUUACCUGGACAGCCUGGAGGACAGCAACGGGGGAUGUGAAGCGGCACCUGGUUCACCGGGUCCAGUUCCUCCGCCGCCAGCCAAUGGACACAGUACUCCACCGGGGGGAGCACGAUUGAAUCCAAAGAUGAACAAUCCCAUUCCGCCGCAGCAGAUGAUUCGCAGCAACUCGUCCGGCGGUGUCACCAUGCAGAACAACGCCGCCGCCAGUCUGAAUAAGUUGCAGCGCCACCGCACCACCACUGAGGGCACCAUGAUGACAUUCUCCUCCUUCCGGGCAGCCGGUUCCAGUAGUUCCCCCAAACGAAGUGGCUCUGGUGUGGGAUCUGGCGGAGUUCAGCAACCGGCUCUGGCCAAUUUGGAGUUUCCACCGCCACCAUUGGACUUGCCACCGCCUCCGGAGGAAUUUGAGGCUGCACCUCCGCCCCCACCGCCGGCGCCAGAGAGUGCUGUCCAAGCCAUCCAGCAGCAUCUUCAUGCCCAGAAUCCGGCCAACAACGGGAACAUUGGCAAUGGGAUGGGCAACAACAACAACGACAGCAGCCAUAACGAUGUCAGCAACACGGCUCCCAGUGUGGAGGAGGCCAGCUCCCGAUUCGGGGUAUCGCUGAGGAAGAGGGAGCCAUCAACAGACUCCUGCAGCUCGCUGGGCAGUCCGCCCGAGGAUCUGAAAGAGAAGCUCAUCACUGAGAUCAAGGCGGCCGGCAAGGAGAGUGCUCCGCCCGCCCACCUAGCCAACGGAUCUAGCAGUGCUCCCGUGGAUCCGGUUUCCCUGCUGGUCACCGAACUGGCCGAGAGCAUGAAUCUGCCCAAGAAGAACCUGACCAAUGGUAAUGGAUCUGGAACUCCAGCCACUCCCGGGGGUUUCAAGGCUCAGCUGAAGAAAGUGGAGCCCAAGAAGAUGAGUCCUCCCAUGGCCAAGGCGGAGCCCAGCCACAACAUCAUCGACUUCAAGGCCCAUCUGCGUCGUGUGGAGAAGGAUAAGGAGCCACCACUGGCUACCACUACCACUGCGCCGGCUGGCAACAAUGCCAACUGCAAUUCGACCGGCACCCUCAACCGCAAGGAUGACGGCAACAAGAAGUAUGUCCAGGCCAUCCAAAAGACUGAAAUCAAAAUCGAUGUGACCAACUCGAAUGUGGAGGCGGAAACGGCCACAGAUAAGGCAGCUACAGCUGCCGCUGGAGCAGGAGCAGGAGCAGGAGGAGGAGCGGUGGGAGAUGGUGAUCUCGGCAAGCGUCGGAGCACAGGUAGUAUUAAUAGCCUAAAGAAACUGUGGGAGCAGCAGCCGCCGACGCCCGACUACGCCAGCAGCUCGAUUAUCCAGCAGCAGUCGUCGGCGGUGAAUGGUGGUUGCGUCACUGGCACCUCUUCCAACAAUCAGCUAUCGCCCAAGUACGGGAUGAAAGCUGGAACUCUGCCAGCCAAACCGGGCAACAAACCGCCACCGGCUGCCCCACCACCUCCGCCCCCGCAAUGCACCACUUCCAAUCCCUCAACCACCAUUAGUAGCACCACUACCACCACCACCACCACAUCUAGUAGAGAUUGCACUAGCGGCAGGCAGCAGGCCACCAGCACCAUUAAAACUUCUCAUUCAACGCAACUCUUCACAGAUAACGAGGAGCACCAACAGCACCAGGAAGGAUUCGGUGGAGGAGUAGGAGUAGGAGGAGGAGACAUGACCCAGUCACUGUACGAGCAGAAGCCAAACAUCCCACAGAUUCAGCAGAAGCCAGCAGUGCCCCACAAGCCCACCAAGCUCACCAUCUACGCCACCCCGAUUGCCAAACUCUCCGAGCCGGCCAGCUCUACUCAGAUAUCGCGGGAGAGCAUCCUGGAGCUGGUGGGUCUCCUCGAGGGAUCACUGAAGCAUCCUGUGAACGCCAUUACUGGCUCCCAGUGGCUCCAGCUCAGCGACAAGUUAAACAUACUCCAGAAUUCUUGCGUGAUCUUCGCGGAAAAUGGUGCAAUGCCGCCGCACUCCAAGUUCCAGUUCCGGGAGUUGGUCACUAGAGUGGAGGCCCAGUCUCAGCACUUGCGCUCCGCCGGCAGUAAGAACGUUCAGGACAAUGAGCGCCUGGUGGCCGAGGUGGGUCAGUCGCUGCGCCAAAUCUCGAAUGCCCUGAACAGGUAAAUGAUAAGACGGGGGAUGGAGGCGCCCGAUCAACACCAUCCGGGAAUCUGGCUGGAUGCCGAGGGUAAUUUUAUCAAGCGCAAGUGAUGAUGAGCCCCCACCAUCCAACCACCCAUCCCCCGUGAUUCCCAAAACAAAGUAGGAGGAGGACUAGGAGGAGGAGGAGAAGGACUAGGAGGCGGAAAUAGGAAACAGGAAACAGGAAACGAAACUUCAAGCCCAGCGAAGAAGAAUUUGAAGGCGAUCGAACGAACGAAUGGACGGAACUACGGACUCAACAGCAGCCAGCAACUAAAAUCAACUAAAUUCAAAUUCAAAUUCAAAUUCAAAUUUAAGGACAACUAUGCAUCGUCCUUGGUAGCGUGUAGUAGUAGCUUCUAUUAUAUAUAUAUAUAUCCCAUAUAUAUCUAGUCAGAUCAGAGCAGAGCCCGACGAACGCUUCCAGAAUCAAAUCCAGAAAAAAACAAAACAAAACAAAACAAAUAAGUUGCAAAGCAAAAUUUUCGCGGGAAGAUACAUAGAUCCUUGUUUUUAAUUGUAAAGUAAGGGAAUCCAAAUCUCCUUAACCCUUACCCUUCAACUUUAACCCAAUAGUGACCCUCCACCAUCCACAGACUCUCUUGAUCCCUCAAACGUAUUCGCGCUUCGUUUGUUUUAAAAAAAAAAAAGAAAGAAAGACACAAGACAUGGCUUAAGAUUGAAAUGAAUAUAUUCAUAGAAUAUCUCAAUAAUGUUAGUAAUUACAAAGAAAACGCAAUGCAUAUAUACAUAUACAUACAUAUAUUUACAUAUACUAGUCGUAAAAUGUUUUAUUAUACCUAUACAUAUACAUUAUACAAGAAAUUAUUAUUACUAAUUAAUAUAAAAAAUGACCACACUCUCCUCCCCACUCCCCCCCAUUGAUAAUUUUGAGAUAAUUCUUCGAAAUGAUGGCAUCCUUUCAAAAGAGUGUGUUUUUAAGGCCCGCAGCACUACAUAUAUGUCUAUGAUCAUGAUCUAUGUGUACUCAGUAGCAAAGCCCAAAGAUAUUAUUAUUAUUGAUUAACUAAAACCUACUACGACUCAAAUUGAUAUGUUUAGUGGCAAAGACUAAAAUUGAUUUAUGUUUAAUCUAUGUUUUGAGUAAGAAGCUUCAAUUAAGAAUGCUUUUUCUUUUUAGGACCUAUAUUACAAUACAACCAACUGUAAUUAUUAUCUGAUAUUUUCAAGGAUUUUAAACAACUUUUAUACGUAAACAAAAAUCGCAUAAAAUCACCCAAAAAAAACCAAAUACAAAUAAUAAAUUUAUUUCAAAGUAAAGUGGGGCAUACAACAAUAAAAAACAGGGCGGUCAAACCUAAAUAAUUAAAUACAUUAUUGUGUGCAUAUGAUACUUUUGCCUUUCCACUAUCCCCCAAAAAGAUAUCUUCUAGCGGAAGCUAGCGAAAUAUUGCUCCAAAUAUACACAAAUUUAUUUCUGUAACUUAUAUAAUACACCAAGCGCCUGAUAUGCGCUACAGAAUAAUAUCUAAAACGAAAACGGAUCAAAAACAAAGUACUUCAAUGAGAAAUAAAAACGAUAUUUAAAGAA